CAUAGUUACAGAUAUACUUACGUUCCUGUGUAUUUAUUGAAUGGGUUUUCCACCAAAUGCAUUUAUGACAGUUAUGUAGCCAUUUUUGAAUAAGAUGUUUGUGUUACUUUCAUCACGGUUUGCGCUGUGUAAUGAAGUAUCUGUCAGAAGUUUCCUUUUUAAGGGGAGGGGCUAAUUUAUUUGGCGCUACUUCUAGCGCGGGAAUUUCGAUUCAAAUAGUAGGACCGCCAAGAAACUGCGGUAGAAGCUUGAGAGGUGUUAUACCUUGUAGCAGUCGGCUUUAGUUGUGUCUCGUUCGUAAGUAGUACGCCUUAAGACCGUAUAAACAAUUGAGUGUACUAUCCGUUGUAACUGUAAAACUUUGCCAUCAUGCCCGCUCUAGAAGUUACAGAUGCAUCUACAAUUUCUCCAUCGAAGAGGGCAAGAACCGAGACAAAGCCAGCAGAAGAAAGAGCUGUCCUCAGGUUUGCAAAACUGUCUGAGCAUGCUACCACACCAUCCAGAGGCUCAACCAAAGCAGCGGGAUAUGAUCUCUACAGUGCUUAUGAUUACACCAUUGGUCCUAUGGAUAAGGCCAUUGUGAAGACGGACAUACAGAUAGCAGUUCCACAUGGCUGCUACGGGAGAGUUGCACCCAGGUCUGGACUGGCAGCAAAACACUUCAUUGACGUUGGUGCUGGAGUUGUAGAUGAAGACUAUAGAGGGAAUGUGGGAGUUGUGCUCUUCAACUUCAGCAAGGACACAUUUGAUGUAAAAAAGGGUGACAGAGUUGCUCAGCUGGUCUGUGAGAGGAUCUGCUACCCUGAUCUGGAGGAGCGAGAGACUCUUGAUGAGACAGAGCGUGGUGCUGGAGGUUUUGGAUCAACUGGGCGCAACUGAAAGCUCCAAAAUGUUUUCGGAGAUGUACAUGUUAAAAAUAUUGAAUAAAGUUUGUUUUGUA